CCAGGGCGUGUCGGAGCGGCCUGGCCCGGCUCGGCGGGGAAGGAGCCGGCGGGGGCCCGCGUGCCAGCACUAUGCAUCCAGCACCCAGCAGCUUUCCGCCGGACGAGGAGCCCCUGAUCGAGGAGCUCUUGGUCAACAGAUACAGCAGGCAAAAGCCAAGUGACCGCUUACAUGGGGCCUACGUGAUUUUUUUCCUCCUGGGCAUCGGGACCCUGCUGCCCUGGAAUUUUUUCAUUACAGCAAAACAUUACUGGAUGUACAAGCUGCAAAACUGCUCGGAUCAGGCAGGCCCGGCUGGACAGGCGGCUUCUGAUCUGCGGGACUUUUUUGAGAGUUACAUCUCGAUUGCUUCGACUGUGCCCUCGGUGCUGUGCCUGAUCGGAAACUUCUUGCUCGUCAAUAAGGUGCCUGCCAGCGUCCGGAUCUUGUCCUCCCUCUUUGUAAUGCUGGCCGUCUUCCUGGUGAUCACGGUGCUGGUGAAGGUAGACACCUCCACCUGGACCACCAGCUUCUUUGCCAUCACCAUUGGCUGCGUGAUCAUCGUCAGCAGCGCCUCGACCAUCUUCACCAGCAGCAUCUUUGGGCUGAGCAGCCGCUUCCCCAUGAAGAACUUGCAGGCGCUGAUCUCGGGUCAGGCCAUGGGUGGCACAAUCAGUGCCAUCGCCUCUGUGAUAGAUCUGGCAGCAGCAGCCGAUGUUACAGACAGUGCCCUGGCCUACUUCCUCACCGCCGACAUCUUCCUCGUCGUCUGCGUCAUGGUGUACCUCCUCCUUCCCAGGCUGGAGUACUCCAGGUAUUACAUGAGCAGCCAGAAGGAGAGCCCGUCGCUGGUCCCCGUGCCACCCGACAGCUCUGCAGAGGAUGAGGCAGAUCUGGGAGGCAUCACAAAUACUUCCUUCCUCACAAAAAAUGCUGGCAUCCCCCCAGUCCGCCCCAUCCUACAGAAGACCGCCCUCCUCGGCUUCUGCCUCUUUUAUGUCUUCUUCGUCUCCAUCAUCAUCUUCCCUUCUCUCUCCUCCAACAUCGAGUCGGUCAGCAAGUCCUCGGGAAGCCUGUGGAGCACCAAGUACUUUGCACCGCUCACCAGUUUCCUCCUGUACAACUUUGCUGACUGGUGCGGCAGGCAGAUCACUGCCUGGAUCCAGGUGCCCGGCCCCAGGAGCAAACUGCUGCCCGCCCUCGUCCUCCUCAGGACCAUCUUCCUCCCUCUCUUCAUCCUUAGUAACUACCAACCCCGGGCUCACAUCCAGACGGUGGUCUUCAACCAAGACAUCUACCCUGUGGUCUUCACGGUGCUGCUGGGGCUGAGCAAUGGCUACCUGGGGACACUGGUCAUGGUCUACGGCCCCAAGAUUGUGCCAAAAGAGCUGGCCGAGGCGGCGGGGGUGUUGAUGACGUUUUACCUCAUGCUGGGGCUGGCUGUGGGGUCUGCCUGCUCUGUUCUCAUUGUCCACCUCAUGUAGAGGAGCAGCCGGGAGGGGGGUGCCCUCGGUUUGUGGUACUGCUGUCAGGUAUUUAGGGCUUUUUCCCCAAGAAGCCAGGCACGCCGUGGUUUUGGGGCAGGCUGUCUGUCUUGGAGCAGGGUUGCAUCCGAGGGGAAGUCCUUCUGAGAAGGGGUUUCCCCUGUGCUUGGGAGGUCCUGUCAGACACUUGUCACUCCCCAGUUUGACCGGAGCAAACGGACCAAAAAAGCCUUGUCCUCCCCAGGGACCUCAGGGAAGCACUGGGUGCACAGGGAAACCUGUGUCUCACCCCAGUGCCAGUGGGCAAGGGUGGCUUGCUGGUGCCACCACACUGGUUUUAAGCUGAAACCAGGGCCUUUGACAGCGCCUUGGUUUUUGCUACCUCGUCGUUACGAGUUUAGCCCUGCAGUGUGUUGGUGGUCUCGGGGCGGGGGGGAAUCUCCCUUCAUCAAGCUGUGAUGGUGGUGUUGAGCUAAAGGGAAUUUGAGUCCUGGAGCACCUUCAGGCAAGCUUCGGGGGUGGAUAGCAGCCACUCCGGGGAGCAGGGCACCAUUUCAGGGGGAUUUCUUACCUUCAUGCCCCAAGAAACAUAUGGAAGGGAAACCUCUCCACCUGGACUUCUACUUGCUUUAAUUUUUCCAGAUAAGAUUGAAUUGAGGGAUCAUCCACCUACCAGAAUGGUGCCACUAGUCCCAGGGCUGUAUGUCAUGGCCAACCUGAGACCAUUUCUCCUGCUGUGACUGCUGUGUGACCACUGUGGACACCAACUUAACCUGUCUGCGGCUGAACCCCAAGGAAAGUGAGAUGCUAAGUGGUCCUAACCUAAGGUUUUUAAGGUGCCAUUACUCUGUGUUGAGAAAGGUCUAUAAAAGCCAAGGAUAGGUCUUAGAGAGGCUCUGAUGUGAUGUUCACGGCAGAAAGCUGAUUAAUUUACAUAGACAGGCAGCAUAUGGUCUCCAGAUGUUUUCAGAGGGGUGAGCUACUGUGACACCCAAAAAUACGGCCCACCCAAAGUGAACUGGCUUUUAAAGUCACUUAAACUUCCAUAUGCAAAUUCAGCCUGAACUAAAUACAAUUAUUGUAUUUAUUUUCUCAGAUGGGGUGGAUUUAUGACCUAGGAGAGGUGAAUUGGUAAGGAAAGAUGUAAUGGCAUAACUUGGCAUUGCAGCUGACGCUUCAGGGAUGCUAUCUGUUGGAAAUACUUCCUUUAAGCCUGGAUUAUAGCAAAUGUUCUGUUAGUGGGAGGUUCUCUCAGCAUCUCCCACUUGCCUGAGUAGUGGUGAAGCUGCUGGUCUGGGUUGCCAGGCCAUCUCCUUGCUGUGCAGGACGUGGUGGUUAGCGAGAGGGAGGAUUUGGGACUGGUGCCUUUCUACUCACGGCUGCCCUGGCUUUGCUGGGAGAACAGCAGGAUCGACGGUGGUUAUUGCCACGGGGUGACACAUAGGCUUGGUGAGUGUUGUUUUAUUAUAUAAAUCCUUCCUGGUGUUUAGGUUGGGCUCAUUGGCCAUACGUACACAGUUUUGCUUUAUGUCUGAUUUUUAUUUAAACGUAAAAUCCAGACACGAGUGGAAAAUUUGCAGCGUGUGUGGUACCAAGGAGCAGCUUUACGGCACAUGACUUUGCACAUGUGGGUCCUUAAUCCUGUUGCUUUGGUAGGUUUGCAGCCCUCAGUCCCUGGCGCUUGCCCAGGGGCUGCUUUGGGCGUUGUUGACCCAGGUGAAGCUCCACCUCAGCUCGAAGGGCAGCCCAAGGGCUGGCUGGGUGCUGCUCAUGGGGGUGAGCACUCCCAUCGCCUCCCUGGGCGCUGGAGCAUUGCUUGGAGUAAUGUGGUGAUCAGUCGUGGAUGGAAGGCCCAAGCCAACCUCGUGUGGGCAACCAAAAUGUCCUUUUGUGGCCUUCGGUGCUUCCCACUUGAGAGCCUGACACAUAGUCUGCUCUUCUUAACUCAUACUUUUUCCCCCAGUCCCAGGUAUGACGAGGUUCUGCUCGUUAGCUGACUGCUUUGCAUCUCUGCUGAUCCUCUCCCUCACGUUAGAGACCAAAUACCUCCCGAGACAGAACUUAAUUAUCCGGUACCAUCACUAAUAAAGUUAAUUCUUGG